CUUUGCUUUUCCUUGUCCCAGGGGUAGAGCCGCAGCUCUGCAGACAUGUCGAUCGGCGUGCCCAUCAAAGUCCUGCACGAGGCGGAAGGCCACAUCGUCACAUGUGAGACCAACACAGGAGAAGUCUAUCGGGGCAAGCUUAUCGAAGCUGAAGACAACAUGAACUGUCAGAUGUCCAACAUAACAGUGACGUACAGAGAUGGACGAGUGGCACAGCUUGAACAGGUGUACAUCAGAGGUAGCAAGAUACGGUUUCUCAUUUUACCAGAUAUGUUGAAGAAUGCUCCUAUGUUAAAGAGCAUGAAGAAUAAAAACCAGGGUUCUGGUGCUGGGCGAGGAAAAGCAGCUAUUCUCAAAGCUCAAGUGGCUGCGAGAGGAAGAGGCCGUGGUAUGGGCCGUGGCAACAUUUUCCAGAAGCGAAGAUAAUUUGGGUCUUGACCGACAGGCUUUUCUUAUUAGGGGGUAUUAACUUGUCUACAUGUGCAUUGGUAUAAACUUUGUUUAAUUAAAUAAAUAUUUCUGACAAAAAUGUUGUCUGCUGUUGUAUGACAGGACUGCUUAGACGCAUCAAAGUUCUGGCUUCUUUCUAUAGCUGGGAAAUGCAUUGUAGGUUGAUGUUAAACUUAGAACUGCUUUGGACAAGAGGCCUUGGUACCCAGAUUUCACCUCACUGCAUCUUUUUAUAUGAUGCAUUGAGUUUUAGAAGGUUAUCUUAUUUCCCUUCUCCUGCUCAAUCCUAUUGUCAUUGACUCUCUAAAGAGGAAUUAGAAGGCAUUCUUGAUGAAGAAUUUCCAAAUCGAGUGUUUUAAGCGAGUCUUACUAGCUGCUGCAUUAAUGGAACAUGCAGCCAAACAGAGGUGACUUCCUGAGAAGCAAAACGCUACUUUUGUUUCUUAUGAACCUAUAAUAGGUAUAGGUCCAUGUUAAGAGCUGUAUAUUGAGCUUGUAUUGUUGUGUUUCAUGUUCUUAACCUUUGGAUACAGGGAAAAUUUUUCAUUAGGAAUGUGCAUAACUAAUAUUUGAUAGGCUAUUCUAGCCUGAGGUCAAAGAUUCAAUUCUAACCAUUUUAACAGUUCAGGUCAUUCCCCCCCUGCCUCAAGAGAAGUUCAUUGACAAAAUACAAAGUACUUACUUUUUUGAGGAUAACUUCAAAAUGCUUUGUGAAUCUAAAAGCUAUUGUGAGUGUAUAGUGAAAGGGUUGUAUUAAUGAUUAUCCAUUAAAUAUGACUCUAUACAAAGACUAAUCUUUUGAACAAGACCCGGGACUAAUUUUAGCUGUAGUCUUAACUUCUGUGCACCAUCAUAUAGAUCACCAGGUGAUCUGCAAGAAGCUAUUUUCAUUAAAGCUUUAGCUUGUUUUGCUAAAAGUAUGGUGUAGUUGUUCUCAUUGCUGACUUAAAUGGUUGAAAUGUUUAAAUUGAACACUUCUGUACCUAAUCGUUUGCGUACAUGGGAUGAAUUGUCAAUCUGUGCCUGUAUCAAAUAGCUCUUCUUGCUUUCUGCUCUGAUGCUGUAGAGACUUUCCCUUGUGUGCAGAUACGGAAGUUCAACUUAAUGCAUUAACUUGUUGCAUUGUCUGUAAAUAAAGCAUUGAGCACAGA